GAGACAUACGUACGUAUACGUGUAUCGAAACCGCAACCAAAUCUGUUUGUCUGCCUAGUUACCAAUAUUCUCCUUUUUUCUUUUUGUUUGCUUCUUUGGUCUUGGGGAGAGAUCAUAAGCUGACUCAGGUAUCUACGUCUGGGAUCUGAUACUAGCUAACUGAGUGAGCUUAUGGAGUGCAUCCUCUUGCAUGACUCGACUAGUUCCUGUUCAUCUCGAUAGCGACGAUCCAUUGUCGGUUGUGGAUGGGAGUGAUUCAGAUGGGGCGUACCUUGCAGAGUGAGUGGUGAGUGGUGACAUCGCAGCGGCUAAUGCCUUAGAGAGUCGUUAGGGAGGUGAGUCCCUUGCAUCAUUGCGUGGGACCUAGGAAGAACUUCGGGACGUUGUGGGUGUCCGUGUCUAGACUCUGGAUGGACUUUUCUUUCGUGAAGUGGAUAAAUGAGUCGUAUCCUCGAUUAGAUGAUGGAUCCCGUGUGUAUGUGUGGAUAUUGUCUUGUUGUUGUGGUGGCUUCAUGGGGUCGAAAUCCUGCCUUAUCUACCUGCUGUCUGUAUGUCCCUGGUCUGUGAAGUGGUAUUGGUGAUGUCUUGUUUGCUCCCUGCUAGCGCAUGCAGCAUCAGCAACGGACAGGAUUGCUAUGUGGACUAACGAUAGAUUUGGUUGUUGGCCCCCUGUCUGUCUGCGAGGCCAAACUUGGACGCAGGACUGCUCGGUUUGAAAAACUCGACCACCAAGUUGGGUAGUCUACCUGCUGAAGAUGGUCCUGGUCAGACGGCACUUGACACGGGACAGAACCGUGGAUGAUGCGAUAUGAUAGGCACCUGGAUGAUAUUGCAGCCGGGUCUCUAAUUAACAGGCG